GAACUGCCAACCGUAUUACCUCAAGUCAGCGAGUCCAAGGUCUGCGGAAGGACCAAGAGGAGACUUUUCAAGCGGAAACAAGGAAUAACGUGGAAGUGAGCAAGCAGGUAACGCUCGGCGGCAAGGUGGCGGGAAGUUAAAUGAGAGGUCAAAGGCAAUAAUAAUGGCCUUUGAAGCUUCGACAAGACUUGGCGGCGUGGUUGGGUUCUUUGGAGGGUGGUGUCGUUGUCGCAGCGUUGUAGUGGUUGUCGUUGUCGUUAUUCCUGUGCUCACCACAGCGGGACCAGGACUGUUGCCAGGAGUGGAGACGGUGGACUGUGGAGCGAACGUAAUGUUGGUGGGAUGUCGCGGGUCAGAGUUCAGAGUGGUUCAGCACAGGUUGGUUUGGGUAAUACGCCACUUCCAGUCUUUGCCGAUGAUGUCCACGAGUGUGUGGGGGAUGGGAACAGGAGUCCCAAGGUAUUGUGCCUUGUGUGUGAUGGCCUGGAUGGUGUCGUUUGAUAUCGAAGUGACGCGCAACUUGGCAUCCAGGGCAGAUGGCAUCCGGGGUAUAGGAGGUAGUAAUAAGUAGAAGUAAUAAAAACUAAUAAUUAUACUUUUCUGUGAAGGAAUGACUCCAACUCCAACCUCCAACAAUCCAACAAGCUCG